UGGCGCUGUAACCACCGCCCCAAGUGGUGGGCAUGGAACAACACUGGAAGGGAAGUCUCUUAUCUAUCCCCUCUACGGGUGUUGCCUGACCCGCGGAGUUACUCCAGCACGUUGUGAUUUACUCGAGAUUCCGGCACCUGCAGUUCCCCCCGUGUAUCGGUUUAACGCCGCUUCCCAGCCUCUGCUCUGUGGCUAAUCUCCCACAUAGUGACCGGCAGCGGGGAAAUCAUUUUAAACACCAUGAACAGCCUCACAUUUCAAAGCAGAGCCAAAUCUGCGGAAGAAGUACGGUGAUGUGAUGAGCUUAGACUUUGGGUGGACAAACAUGGUGGUAUUGAGUGGCUACAAGGCCCUGAAAGAGGCGCUGGUGAAGAAAUCAGAAGAUUUUGCGGACCGACCAGAGCUCCCAGUAUACACAAGGAUCUUUAAGCGCUUUGGAGAAGGUAUUGUUCUAGCAAAGUAUGGUGACUGGUGGAAAGAGCAGAGAAAAUUUGCACUUUUGACACUGAAACAUUUUGGGCUCGGAAAGAAGUCUCUUGAAUUGCGAAUUGUGGAAGAAGCUGGAUUUUUAAACCAAGCAUUUGAAGGUGAACAAGGUGGCCCUUUUGAUCCUCACAUCCCGUUAACUUAUGCAACCUCAAACGUUAUCUGUUCCAUUAUCUUCGGAGAUCGUUUUGAGUAUCAUGACAAAUGGUUCCUUGGAUUUUUGCACACAAUUGAAGAAAGCUUGGUAUUGGAAGGUGGAUUUUGGGGCCAGCUGACGAAUACCUUCCCUUUUGUUCGACACCUCCCGGGCCCACAAAACAAAAUAUAUGAAAAUCAAGAUAAAAUCAUUCGGUUUAUCGAAGAAAGAAUCACAAGGCACAAAGAUACAUGGGAUCCAGAUGAUCCCAGGGACUUCAUUGAUGCUUUCUUUACACAACGGGAGAAGAUGAAACACAGCCACAACACAAGUUUCCUGGACUCCAAUCUGAUGGGGACAUUAUUGAGCCUUUUUGCUGCAGGUACAGAGACCACCUCCACCACCCUAAACUGGGCCUUGCUCUUCAUGGUGCUCCAUCCUGAUGUACAGUCCCAGGUCCAUGAGGAGAUUGACAGAGUCAUUGGGAACGGGAGGAAGCCAAAGUUGGAAGACCGUGAGGAAAUGCCAUUCACUAACGCAGUUAUCCACGAAACCCAACGCUUAGGAAAUAUUGGUCCAAUUUCACUGCCUCAUCAAACGUACAGAGACACCGAGGUCAUGGGUUACACCAUCCCUAAGGGAACAAUGAUCUUUCCAAACAUUACCUCAGUCUUGUAUGAUGAAGACACUUGGUUGACUCCAUGUGAGUUUAAUCCGGGACACUUCCUGAAUUCUGAUAGGAUGUUCGUGAAGCCGGAAGCUUUCAUCCCAUUCUCUGCAGGUAUUGCCUUCGCAAGAUAUGGCCAUUGGUGGAAGGAGCAGAGAAAAUUCUCACUUUCCGUAAUGAGAAACUUUGGACUGGGGAAAAAAUCGCUGGAGCUGCGAAUUGCAGAAGAAGCAGAAAUGUUGAAUAAAGCAUUUGAAGAGGAAAAAGGUCUCGCCUUUGAUCCAAAUUUCAGGAUACACAUUGCAGUCUCAAAUAUUAUCUGCUCAAUUGCCUUUGGACAUCGCUUUGAAUAUCAAGAUCAAAAAUUCCUUGAAUUUCUCCACAUCAGUGAAGAAAGUCUCAAAAUGGAUGGUACCUUUUGGGGUCAGUUGUUCAACACGUUCCCUUUUAUUCAUCACCUCCCGGGGCCACACCAUAAAAUAUUUGAAUAUCACGACAAACUCAUUCAUUUUUUACAAGAAAUAGUCACGGAACAUAAAAAAACAUGGGACGCAAAUGAGUCCAGGGACAUCAUUGACGCGUUUUUGGCAGAGCAUGAGAAGAAUAAGAACAACCCCAAGACAAGUUUCCUGGAAUCGAAUCUGAUCGGCACAAUCCUUGACAUUUUUACUGGAGGUACAGGGACCAUCUCCACCACCCUGCUCUGGGCCUUGCUCUUCAUGGUGCUCCAUCCUGAUGUGCAGUCCCAGGUCCAUGAGGAGAUUGACAGGGUCAUUGGGAACGGGAAGAAGCCAAAGCUGGAAGACCGUGAGAAAAUGCCAUUCACUAACGCAGUUAUCCACGAAACCCAACGCUUAGGAAAUAUUGGUCCAAUUUCACUGCCUCAUCAAACGUACAGAGACACUGAGGUCAUGGGUUACACCAUCCCAAAGGGAACAACGAUCAUUCCAAACAUUACCUCGGCCUUGUUUGAUGAAGACAUUUGGUUGACUCCACAUCAGUUUAAUCCGGGACACUUCCUCAACUCGGACGGGAAUUUUGUGAAACCGGAGGCCUUCAUCCCAUUCUCUGCAGGUCACCGUGUGUGUUUGGGGGAGCAGCUGGCAAAGACGGAGCUCUUCAUCUUCUUCACGUCCUUGCUCCAACACUUCACCUUCUUUCUCCCGGAAAACGAGCCGCGGCCGAACUUCAGAGAAGCUAAAUACGGAAUUAUCCUGUGUCCUCUCCCCUAUCGUCUCUGUGCUAAAACCAGAUGAGACACGUGUGGAAUUUUUCUUACAGGAGCCUUCGUGUCUGCGUUAUCAAUAGUUUGACACAAUCUCCCUGCUGAACUGUAUUUUGAUUCCGUUCUAUUCACUCGUGCAUUUAUAAAGAACAAAUGUAGACAGGUUGUCCCCGGCUUCUCAAGUCCCAGCAUACGGACACCACGCAACACGAACGAGCUCACAUAAUAUUAUUAAAUUGAGAAGUCUAACGAUGUUCUGACAUUCAUUCCUAUGAACGAGAGAGGACUUCAUCUCCCCACUUUCAGUAAUAGUUUUUUUCUUAUCAGUCUUAUGUGCUUUGGAUGAUGCUAUUCAUUACAUUACGGAAGAGGUGUGGAUCACAAAUCGCGUGUGUAUUUUCCGACUUGUGGACGUUUGUUACCCAGGGAACAGUUCAGCACAAAGACUUACCGUGCGAUGGGUGUCAAUGAUGCAGAGCCACUGAAUUCAUAAACCACGUUCAGCCAGCCGGAAAUCAAACAGCUCUUUCUUUCCCCAAGCCAGUGUAAUAUUUCCUUGCUUAUGCAUUUAAUGAGCACUUAUAAUUGAUUUCAUUGCAUGGUGAUCAAAUAUAAAGACUGUUCUUAUAUUACAUUUAAU